CUGAAGACAAACAGUGCGAGAAACAGCGCCUCGUUGUGGCCAAACGGCGCACUGGGUGGAGAGAUACAGUGGGCGAGGUUAAGCUGUACAAGACAAAAGAAAACGUUGAACGAAAACAAAGAGGGACGCUUUGAUCUUCUGACCAGUUCUUACUGGCCAGUUUUGCUUGUAUCAAAGUACGGAUAUAUUGUUUUAUCUUGUGUAUUCGAUACAUGCGCUGUUUUACGAGAAAAUUAAAAUGGGUAAGAACAGACUCCGAGGACUUAAUAGAGAGAAAUAUAUUUUUUCUACGGAGUAAGUUAGUGAUUAAUAAAAGGGUUAAACCACCGAAUUGGACUUUUGAGCGACUUUUUCUGUGUUUCGUAAGCGGGUUUUUUUCUUCUUCCCGGAAAUGUGUUUUCGGACGUGACAGUUAUAGAGUCAACCGGGUAUGGUCACCUAUAUUACCAUAUUUUCUAUAUUAAGACAGUAUAGCCUACUUCAUCUAAGUUGGUUUGUUUUGAUAGUGUUUAAAACAAAUGAAAAACUAACAACACUAGGCCUGGACAUUUCUUGCUGUAAAGACAGUAUACGAUACUAGUUUGAAGUGAAAAACACUAAAAUCGGAGAUGAACGGGUAUCAAUCCAAUCCACCGGAUUGUCCGGCUGGAAGUGUGUGCUCUAUUGAAGGUUUGCCACCGUUACCCAAAGGGUUGAGUGGCAUCCUGAACUCCAGCGGAGGGUCCUGGAGGGACAUUGAGAAAGUCUACAGCAAGAGGACGCGCAUCCAGGCAGACAUCAGCAAGUCCAGAGUGAGCGAUACUUUUGGCCGCAGUAAACCCGCAAGCCUUGACGCAGCGCUGGCCAUGCUGCGCAAAGAGAUGGUGGGACUCAGACAGUUGGACAUGUCCUUGUUGUGCCAGUUGUGGUCUCUAUAUGAGUCCAUACAGGAAUAUAAAGGAGCUUUCCAGGACAUUUCCUCUUCUUUGUGUGAGAGCUCCUUCAACACUGAAAAUGGCUACUCUGAAGAUGAAGAGGAGGAAGAUGAAGAGGAGAGUGGGGGGACAAUAUUAUCCCUUCCUCAGCCUACUCAGAAUUCCCGGGACCAGUGGAUCAAAGACUCUUUCCACCUCUCCAUUUAAAUGAACCAUGUUAUGUGUGCUUUCUAUUAUUAUCCUCAUCUCUAUACAAUAUGACAUACACAGCCCCAGUGUUUUUUUUUAUUUUUGUAGGAUAUUUUUACAAUGGUGAUUGUAAGUUCGUUUCAAGCGAACCUUGGGAAAUUGCUUCUUCUUUUUUUUUUUUUUUUUUUUUUUUUUUUUUU